UUUGAUGAGGAUGUCCUUCAGAGCUAUAAGAAAUCCCUGGAGGAAGCUGUUCGGUUAUCAGCCCAUUACAACAUCCCUCCCGUUCCUGGGCGUACAGUUAUCCUGAUGCAUGUGGGCAAUGGCAUGUAUGUACCGUGCCAUGGAGCAAAAGAACUAGCUGUUUCAACAACUGCAGAUUCUGGGAGCUGUUCACCAACACUCAUGGAUGUGGGUUUGCUGUUGAGUCUUAUGUUGAAAGAAACAGCAGAAUGUGCUGAACUUGUCUUAUACAGCGAUCGUGAAUAUGCCUUGGUGGAACAGUCCACUAGUCCUCUUCUUCAGCGUUUGGAAGAGAUCAAAGAACAAACAACAAAAAUGUCAGGGUGGUCGCCCCUACCCUUUGAGGAGAGAUGUCCUGAAGCAGAGUACCUGUUGGAGCUUCUUAAAAAACGAACAAAGGUGGACACUAUCCUGGUUUUCAGAAACUGUUUACGUAAUGAAGAGUUCCAAUCCGUGCUGAAGCAGUACCGGUGGGCUGUGAAUAUGGAAUGCCUCUGUGUGACAGUACUGCCCCAUGGUUUCAAAAGCGAGGACUCCAUUGAGCAAUGCAAAGAUGUGACACUGUGUGGCUUCACUGAACAGGUGUUGAAGUAUGUGUCAGAGAGGGGUACUGACCGACUGCUGGACCAUGUUGAGAAGGUAAAUGAAAGGUUCAAGGUACCAGAAGACCCAGACAAAGUCAUGAGUAGCCAAGCAUUAUCUCAGGGUCUGCUCACAACAUUUCCAAAACAAAGGUGGCGCAGUGUCCGUGUAUUCAUUUCCUCCACGUUUCGCGACAUGCACUCAGAAAGAGACCUCUUGAUUGGGCAGGUGAUGCCACAGCUUCGUCUCCGGGCUGCUUCUCACUUCCUGUCCUUGGAGGAAGUUGAUUUGCGCUGGGGAAUUACAGAAGAGGAGACUAGGAAAGACAGGCAGUUGUCCCUGUGCCUUUCUGAAGUUGUUCGGAGUCAAAUCUUUAUUGGCAUCCUAGGAGAGAGAUAUGGACAUACUCCAAAAACGUAUUCAGUGCCUCACCUUCCUGAGUUUGAAUGGGUCCAUACAUAUCCAGCUGGACGAUCCAUAACCGAGUUGGAGGCCAUUCAGUUUUUGCAGGGUUGUAGCACCAAGAAACAUGGACACCCAAAGGCCUUCUUCUACUUCAGGAAUCCAGAUGUUGUUGGCUCUAUUCCUAGUCAUUGGCUCCCAGACUUUGCCGCAGAGUCUCAAGAAGCUGCCAAACAUGUGAAGGACUUGAAGAACAGAGUAACCAAACACCCAGCUGUCAGGAGCUACUUAUACUCUUGCCAGUGGGGAGGUGAACAUAAUGGGAAACCACACAUAACUGCGUUAGAUGAUUUUGCAUCUAGAGUAUUAGAAGAUAUCUGGCAAGUAAUUGAGAGAGACUUUAUUAAGGAGUCAGGGGCAUCUGAAGAUGAAGACCAGCUUGCACAGGAGGGCUUCCAGGAGUGGCAUGAGCAGCGUUCCUUUGCUAGAAGCAAAUUGGUGACAAAUGUGUGUGCACAGAUUCUGGAGAAGAAGCGUACUUCCUCAACAAAUGGACAGUUGUUCCUGGUGGUUGGGGAGCCCAGCCAAGGGAAGACUGUCUUCAUGGCUGACCUUGUGAAGGAAUUGAGACUAGCAGCUUCAUCCUCGGUGAUCCAUUAUUUUACGGAGGCAACUACUAGAGCAAAAGAAGCGGAGUCGAUGCUAAACUGUGUCUGCAAGCAACUGAACCAGAGACUGCAGAGAAGGAACUGUAACCCUGCAUCAUACAGGUCCCUUCUUGCUGAGUUCCAAGCUCUCCUACAGUUAACAUCUCGCUCACUGAAGCGGAGUGACACAUUUACCUUAUUAAUAGAUGGGGCUGAUGUGCUGUGUGGACAUGCAGGUGAAUUUACAUCUGAUUGGAUCCCUGACUUACUUCCUCAGAGAGUUAACUUAGUUCUUAGUGUGACAGAAGGCUCCUCUCUCUGCUCUUCCCUGAGGAAGCGGAAGGACACUGUAACAGUUACUCUAGGGAGGCUGGAACCAAGUGAGCGGGCUGAAUUGGUAAGAGGGAAACUAGCUUUGUAUGGUAAAAAGCUGGAAGAGUCUGCAUUCAAUAAUCAG